AUGACCACUCUCCCCGCAAUAUCCACCGUCCCGUCAUUAGAUGCGGAACGCAGGGCUCAAAUCCUCGACACGCUGUUCGAGCGGUGCGCACAACUGCACACCCUCUCGGUCAGCCUCUUACGCGAGCGUGAGUUUGCGUCAUACGACCAACUCAUCGCCGGCGUGGGAGCACAACUGACCGAACUAUACAACUCGCCGCUGGAAAGCGACACGAAAUGGCUCGAGGCCAUCCUCGUGGCUCACCCCCGCCUUGGCGAGAACAAGGUCGAGAGCGAGCAGAGCCGCCGAGAGCAGGCCCAGCUCAACCAAGGUGGUGCCGGCGGCACUGAGGAAGCAGACCGUCUUGCUGAAUUAAACCGUGCUUAUGAGCGCAAAUUCCCGGGCUUGAGAUACUUAGUAUUCGUGAACGGACGAAGUCGCCCGACCAUUAUGGAGGACAUGCAACGACGGAUAGACCGGAAUGAUCUCGCACAGGAGAAGGUCGACGGCAUCAAGGCAAUGUGCGACAUCGCGUCCGAUCGAGCGAAGAAGCUGGGCGGUUGA